AUGCCGCCACAGGCGGAAAAUCUAUCGCCCGAAUUUGGUCGCUCGUUGCCACAGGGGACCUAUGCAACGUCACCGACGUCACCUGAGAAGGUGGAGAAGACUUCGGUCCCUUCGGUGGAGGCAAAAAGCCCAGCAACUACUCCGCGUACUCGGCCAAAGAAGGAUGAAGCACAAGAGCCAGCUGAAACGGAAAAACCAGGACAGAAGAAAGCUCUCUCCUCAAAGGAGGUUGAACAUUUUGCGAAUCGCAUGUCGGCAUGGGCGAAGGACCGUGACAAGCGGCGACAGGAUGAGUCCGAAAAGGCUCGAAGCAAGGAGACCAUCCAGCAGCUGCAGAUCAGCGAGCGCUCUAGGAAGUUGGCCAAGAACGUGAAGCCGGUGCAUGAAAGGCUGGGAGACAUCGUGCAGGGCCGAAAGGAGGCUUUUCAGCAGGCGAGAGCCAAGCAGGAGGAGAUGGAGAUGAAGGAUGCCACGAUGCACCCAGUGAUCUCUGCGAGGGCCCAGAAGAUGGAGAGGCGCUUCGAAGAUCACCAGAGUUGGAAGGAACGCAGGGAUAAGCGCAUUGGUGAAGAACAGUUGGCUCAGUACCAGAAGCAACUGGCCGAGUGCACCUUCAAACCGCAGAUCAACAAAACCUCCAGCAGCCUGGCACAGAAGACAGCGGCCAUCAGCUUCCGCCACGGGCGCCGCCCAGGAGCCGCUGGCGAGACGGGUGCUCAGAUGCCGGAUGAGGAACAUGAAUUGCCAAGUAACACCCUUGCGUUUGCGCCGGCCCUGACAACUGCACUGCGCAAGGUGGACUUCGAGCAUGUGUUCUCGUGCGACACGUGCCCCCAAGUGAAGAAGCAGAUCUUGGCCAAUUUCUCCGGAGUUAAGUUCUUCGAUGACCUGAUGUCAAGAGACAAUUCCAGCCGAGACGUACCUGCAGCCGAUUUGUACAUUGCAGGAUUUCCAUGCCAACCUUUCAGUGGUGCUGGCAAGGGCCUUGGUUUGGAUGACACCCGUGGCACCGUAUUCUUCGGAUGCGCCGAUUACAUCCGACAGAAGCGGCCGCGAGCUUUCGUUCUGGAGAACGUGAAGCGGAUCCUUUCGAACAACAAUGGCCACACGUGGGAAGUGAUCAUGAACACCUUGACCACCAUGAACGGUGGAGCUUACCAUGUGGAUUGGAAGGUCCUGGACACGCAGGAGCAUGGUGUGCCACAGUCUCGGCCACGGGUUUACAUCGUUGGAGUUCUGAAGACAGCGCUGCCCAAGAACUUCGAGAGCUUCCCAUGGCCCGAGAAGCUGCCGCUGAUCAGCAUCGAGCCCCUGCUGGAGGAGGCAGAAAGGAAGCCCACCAUGAAGGACCUGCCGCCCCAGUACCCGACCACGCCCUACAAAGGCGUGAAGGAAGUGAUGGGUGCGCUGAAAAAGGCGAAGAAGGACCCGCUGUCGCGCACGUUUUUAAUCGACGUGGAUGCCAGCCCGAAGUUCCGAAGCUACAUGGAAGAUCGCGUCAUGUGCAUGACGAAGUCGAGGCCAUCUGGGUAUUGGAUCUCUUCGCGGGGUCGACGCAUGAACGUGGACGAGAUGUUGCGCUUGCAGGGCAUGGAGCGAUGUUUCGAGCAGGUUGUGACGGACAAGGUCCUGGGGGCUCAGAUUGGCAAUGCGAUGAGCCAAAACAUCCUGGAAGCCUAG